CUCCCGGCGUGCCCAGCGCCGAGCAUCACCCCCCGCGACCUCCACAGCGCCGCGGCUUGGCCACGCCCACCGCGCUCGGCCACGCCCCCGGAGCGCGGGAGCGGCGCGGCAGCAUGCGGCUCUCGGUCCUGCUGAGCGCGGCGCGGCCGCGGCUGCCCCCGGGCUACCGGCACGGCACGUGGCCCCCGGACUCCGUGGCCGCCCGGCUCCGCAACCCCCCGGGGCAGCGCCGCCGCAAGGUCUUCGUGGAGCCUAUCGCCAAGGACGACUGGAAGGUGUUCAAGGGUGACACGGUGCAGCUGCUGGCCGGGAAGGACGCGGGCAGGCAGGGCAUGGUCACCCAGGUGGUGCGAGACCGCAACUGGGUGGUGGUGGAAGGACUGAACACGCACUAUCGCUACGUCAACCGCAUGGCCAAGUACUCGGGGACCUACGUCGCCAGCGAGGCGCCGCUGCUGCUCAGCCAGAUCUGCCUGGUGGACCCCGAGGACCGGAAGCCGACGGAGGUGGAGUGGAGGUACACGGAGGAGGGCGAGCGCGUGCGCGUGUCGCUGCGCAGCGGCCGCAUCCUGCCCGUGCCCCCGCAGCCACGCAAGGAUGGCAUCGUCCCCGAGCAGUGGAUCGAUGGCCCCAAGGACACGUCGAAGGAGGACGCGCUGGCCAAGACGUACCGGCCGUCGCUGAAGACCUUCGAGGAGGAGAUCAUGGAUGCCAUGGGCAUCGUGGAGACACGGCGGGCCAAGAAAUCCUACUGGUAUUAACUGGGGGAGCUGGGAGCCCCCCCAGCCAGGCCAGGAAAUCCUACUGGUGUUAACUGGGGGAGCUGAGAGCCCCCCCAGCCAGGCCAGGAAAUCCUACUGGUGUUAACUGGGGGAGCUGGGAGCCCCCCCAGCCAGGCCAGGAAAUCCUACUGGUGUUAACUGGGGGAGCUGGGAGCCCCCCGAGCCGGGCUCUGCAAUAAACACCCCCUGGAUUUGC